GGGUGUUGAUCGUUCGUGAGAAACGCAAACUUGGCCUGGCGUGCGUGUCUUUUCUAAUAGCUAACGAGUCAGUUGUUUUUUUCUUUGCCUUAUUCAUUUGUUAUUGUACAGGAGGGAACGGGCUUGUGAAAAGUGGCUCUGUCCCGCGCACACUGGGCCAACAUGCUCCCAGACGAGUACGGGUGCGCGGUGGCCAACAGGUUUGGUGAACUCCUGGACGAUGACGCGGACCCGUUUGACGUCUUAAUCGAGGCUCAAACUGAAAAGGACAAAAAGAAGAAGAAAAAGAAGCUGGAGGAUGUGAAGAACAGACAGAAAAAGCCUGGUCAGAAAGAGUCGCAGAGGGACCGGCGUGUCCCCGUGCGUGUCCCUGUCCGUGUAGAGACUCCGGAGCCAGCUCAAGCUCGUAAGGUGCAGAGCUGUGCUGGUUCUUUGACUGAGAGAGCUGAUAAGGAAGAAGGCCAAAGGGGCAUAAAGAGGGUCGCUCAUGGAGACCAAAGGACCUACGCAGACAAUGCGUCGCUGGAGUUCUCUGUUCCAAGACCAUCCACUGAAGAAGCCGAUGCCCAGGGCAAAGGAGGCUACAGAGGAGGGAGGAGAGGAGGUGGAGGAGGUAGAGGGAGAGUUAUCAUGAGGAAUCUGGAGAGGGGAAAGAGGGAAUAUGACCGGCACAAUGGAACUGGCAUCUCACCUGAGGAGAAAAGGGGAGGCAGGGGGGCCUGGAACUGGGGCUCUGUUGAUGAAGCUACAAGUGAGCUGAUGGAGGUGACGGAAGCCACUCCAGUCAAAUCUGAAGAAACCCAGUUGUCUGCAGAUGAGGAAAAUCUGGCACUGCAAGAGGAGGGAGAGAUGGUUGUCCAUGUUGCCGUGGAGAUGUCACUGGAUGAAUGGAAAGCCUUGCAGGAGUCUAACCGACCCAAAGCUGAGUUCAACAUUCGCAAAACUGAGAGCACAAUUCCCUCUAAAGCUAAAGUCAUACACGAGUCAAAGCACCUCGAGAAUUUGAAGGCGCUGGAGAAUAUGGACGAAGAGGGCACUUUCCUUCGCCGCGCCGCAAAUGACAUCACCUCUAUGCUGGAUAUAAACUUCGGGAGUCUCGGAAGACCCAGUCGCGGAGGUCGAGGCAGAGGUGUGCCGAGAGGAGCUGGAAUUUUUCAGAUGGAGCGAAUGAAGCCCAUAUUGGAAGUGGGGGACCAUCUGGCACCAAACCCCUACGAUCCUGUAGACUUCCCAGCACUAUCGGCAAGACAGUAAUGAGGUUAAGUCAUUUUCCCUUCAGGAGCUUAAAUGACAGUUUAAAACACCUAUUGUAUAACACUAUUUCCAUGUGCAGUUCUUAAGGUUUAGGGUAAUUAUACUUGAGUUCUGUUGUUGCACUGAGCAUCAGACUGCUGUAGAAUAAAACCAUUUGCAAGUUU